AUGCUUUUCUUGAAGUCUCUGCUGUUGCUGUGCCUCCUCUUUUAUUCAGUGGAUUCUUGUUCAACAGUAUCUAGACCAGGUGUAUCACUAACUGGAAUAUGUCCUAAUGAUACUUUUACUGUACCCAUUGGAACAACACUAACUUAUGAGUGCUCUUAUAGCUUUCUUACAGGAUAUUAUUCAUUUUGGAAUGUUAGUGGAACCGAACUGGCUGGUGGUAAUUUCAGACCACCUGGAAUAAGUGAGUAUUUGCUCAAUAACGAUAUUGGAAGAGCUACUAUAACUAUUUUAACUAAUGGAUUUGUCACAAUGUACAUACAAUGUGGAUUAAGAGGAACAGGACCUAAUAUUAAUAUGGAUCUAACCUCUCGAGUGAGGUUUAUUGGGACAGAAGUAGUUACCUUUGGUCCUCCUUCUUCAUUAUUCCACGAGUUAAGAGAGAAUGAUACUGUUAAGUUGUCAUGGUUACCUCCUCUAGAAGAAGCCGUAUCAUUAUUCACAUAUAAUAUAAUAAUAAUGGAGUCAACUAAUAAUUCACUGACAGUAACUGAUAUAAACAUUACUAACAAUACAUAUGUCAUAAUAUCACCAAGGGACAUUGUGCAGUAUACUCAGUGUAAGGAGUAUCAGUGGGGGGUAAGAGCAGCUGCUAAUUUAAGUUAUGGAUUUACUAAUAUAACAAUGGCAGAUACUAACUUUACCAUUAUAUCAGCUCCCUUUGUUUCUGAUGAAUUGAUCAUUUCUGUAAACGACAGUAUUUCUUAUAGUUUUCAUUUUAACGUAUCUUUACCGUGUGACUAUAACAACUUGUUUAACAACUAUACUUACAUGCUGUUGCAAAGAGAUUACUGCAAAGGAGAGAUUAAUUCAUCAUUGAUUGAGAUCACAUCUGAACAAAUUGAUGAUAAUGAUGGAUCGACUGUAUCAAUCAGUGUUAACAUUGAAUCAUUGAUUCAUGAUUCAACAUGGUCAGUUGCUGUUAUUGUAUUAAACAGGUUUGGUGCAGAUACUACAGAUUACACUAACAUCACUAAUGAUAAAACUAACAUAAAGCAGUGUUACUCGGAGCCUAUUUUAUCACUGUCAACUGCAAUAAUGCUUUCAAAAACACUUACUCCUUCUCUAAGUCCAUCAUCAAUUUAUAAAUCUGGUUCUAUUCAAACUUCAAUGGACUGCACUGCAGUUAUUAUCACUAGUACAGUAUACAUCAGUAACAUCACUACAACACCUUCAACUAAUGUCAUUCCAAUUGUUAUUGGUACUACAGCAACUGUUAUGAUACUACUGAUAGUAGUAAUAAUACUACUCAUUUUCAUGAUAUUUUUAUGCUAUAAAAGAUCUGAUAUAGCUGGAAAUAGAUGUACUUCAAAUCAGAAUGUCACUGUGCCACUUGAGUCCUGUCCUGCAUAUGAUGAUAUUUCAAGAAUGAAUACUGCAAACUGUGAAGCAUAUGGCAAAAGAGAUGCAUUUAUAACUGCAGAGUAUGAAACUGUAAAUAUAAAUUAG